AUGGCUGGCGGUAUUGCGAUCCUCCCUGGCGGCGGCGCCGACGACACGCCCACGGAAGGCUCCCGCUCGUACGCGAUCGUCGUCUGCGUCUUUGCGUCCCUCGGCGGUAUCUUCUUCGGCUACGAUCAAGGCGUCACAGGCGGUGUCCUGGUCAUGGACUCGUUCCUCAACGACUUUUGCAUCGGCUACGAUGGCAACACGGGCGCGCAGUGUCGCGCCUCGUCGUCCGACCUCCCGGACAACUGGUCGACGUUCACGACGCUCUUCAACGUGCUCUACUACAUGGGCUGCAUCGUCGGUGCGUACCUUGGCGGCUACAUCGCCGACAAGUACGGCCGUCGUGCGACCAUCUUCUCCGCUGGUGUCCUCUUCUGCGUCGGCACGCUCAUGCUCGUCCUCACCAACAAGAUGGGCCACACGCUCGCCUUGAUCGCGCGCAUUAUCCAAGGCUUUGGCGUUGGCAACUCGUCCUUCUCGCUGCCCAUUUUUGGUGCCGAGAUGGCACCGAAGGAGCUCCGUGGUAUGCUUUCUGGCUUCAUGCAAAUGUCGAUCGUCACCGGUCUCCUCCUCGCCGGUAUCAUCAACUAUGUCGUCCAGUACGAUGAGCACGGUUGGCGCGUCACGAACGCCGUUGCGAUGGCUUUCCCGGUCGUCGUCAUGGCCGGUAUCUUUUGUGUGCCCGAGUCGCCGCGCUGGAUGUACAAAGCCAAGGGCCGCGCCCAAGCCGAGACUGCCCUCAAGCGACUUCGUCGUACCGAGAACGUCGGUGCCGAGCUCCAGGCCAUCGGUGACGCCAUUGAAGAAGAAGGCGACAACACGUCGACGUGGGCUGACCUUUGGCACCCGUCCAUCCGCCCUCGCCUCCUCAUCGCUUGCUCGCUCCAGCUCCUCCAGCAAGCCACCGGCAUUAACCCGAUCUUCACGUACGGCGGUCAGAUUUUCAAGGAUGUUGUCGGCGACGGUAUCGUGUCGCUCCUCAUCUUCCAGAUCGUCAACUUCCUCUCGACGAUCCCAGCCAUGUAUUGGGUCGACAAGGUCGGUCGCCGCAAGCUCCUCCUCGUCGGCGCUGCUGGCAUGGUUAUCGGUCACUUGGUCUCUGCCAUCUCGUUCACGGCGGGUUGCAAGGGCGACACGAGCAAGUCGGACUGCUCGACGGGCGCGGGCUGGACGAUGAUUGUGUUUACGGCCUUCUUCAUCUUCAACUUUGCCAUUUCGUGGGGUCCCGUGUGCUGGAUCUACCCGGCCGAGAUCUUCCCCAUGAACGUGCGCGCCAAGGCGGUGUCGGCGUCGACGAUGACCAACUGGUGCAUGGGUUCGCUCAUGAUUGGCAUCCCCAAACUCUUCCCGUACCUCAACAUCAACGGCGUCUUCUUCCUCUUCACGGCGCUCUGCGCGCUCGCCGGAGUCUACGUCUGGUUCAAGUGCCCCGAGACCAAGGGCCUCCUUCUCGAAGACAUUGAGCUCCUCUUCGGCAACGGCGCGCCGGUCUGUACCCAGAAGAGCGUCGACAUCGAGACGCCCAAGCGCGAUGAAGCGUAAACUGUUUUGUAUGAACAGCACAACUACUGGGGCAAGUAGUUGGUUACAUGAAUAAAAUGUGUACAUUGUGGAA